UCCCUCCUUUUUAAAUUUGGAGGGGAGGAACUUUCUCAUUCUCUACAGGCUGAAUGGCCACGUUGUGUUUGUUCCCAGGGAGUGGAGGAAAUUUUCCUCUGUGGUUUCUCAGGGAUAGAUGACACCCUUUGGAUUGAGAUUGAAAUCCCCAGCACAGGCUCCUCUCUGUCCCUUAUGUAACCUGAGCGAUUUAAAUCCGCCCCAUCAAAAAUUAAAGAGCUGCACCCACCAUCAUCCAUCCUUUGGAGGAUUGACUUGAGGACACACAGGAGCUCCCUUCCUUCUCUCUGCUCUUGUUUCCCUCCUCUCCAAAACCCAUCCUUGGAAAACAGAACCAUCCCAACAAAACCAUGUCAGAAAAUUCCAACGGAUCCGCCAGGACCGGACCGGAUUACAGGUAUAAAAAGGAUGAGCUGUUCAAAAGGCUGAAGGUGACAACUUUUGCUCAGUUGGUUCUCCAGGUCGCCUCCCUGUCCAAUGAAACCUCAGAAGUGACAAAGGAGGAGCUGCACAAACUGCCAGAUUCUGAUGCUGCAGGUGACAAUGAAGAGGGGACAAAUGGCAAAGGGAGCCCAGAGGGGACACCCAGCCCAGUCCUGUUCCUGAGCAACUCAGGAGCUGGGGAAUCCCAGCGCUCCACCCUGCAGAGUGUGAUCAGUGGGGUUGGGGAGCUGGACAUGGAGAAGGAUUCUCCCAAAAAAGAGGACAGGCAAGGCAGGGAGAGGCCUUACCCUGACUGCCCCUUCCUGCUGCUGGACGUGCGGGACCGCGACGCCUACGAGCAGUGUCACAUCGUGGGAGCUUAUUCCUACCCCAUUGCAACGUUAUCCAGAACCAUGAAUCCAUACACAAAUAAUAUUCUGGAAUAUAAAAACGCCCAUGGGAAAAUCAUCAUCGUCUACGACAACGACGAGCGCCUGGCCAGCCAGGCAGCCACCACCAUGUGUGAGAGGGGCUUUGAGAACCUCUUCAUGUUGUCUGGGGGCCUCAAGGUCCUUGCCCAGAAGAUUCCAGAGGGGUUGAUCACGGGCACCCUCCCCUUGUCCUGCCAGGUGCCGGCCCCCACGGGAAGCGCCCGCAGGAGAGCAGCUCCCAGAGUGCCCCCCAUCCCUGCAGAGAACAAAUGGAGAUUUUCUGCUGAUGAUCUGCAGAAGUUAAGGCAAUACCUGGCUGAGGAGCAGAUCCCUUCAGACACUGCCAGUCGCCUCAGCCGGGGCGGCUCAGGCCACGAUUCCAAAUCCUCAUCGGUGAGGAGCAGCCCCAGCCUCCCCAUCACUGCUGGCACCACAUCCUCCCUGAGCAGCCACUCCCACAGCAGGAGCAGCACCCAGAACAGACCCUGGAAAUAAAGAAACAGCCAGGUUUUGGGAAUUCUGGGCACUGCUUUUAGGAAUGGGCAGGGAAAAGCAGCCACAGUGAGAAUUCUGAGCUGGGGUGAGGCUGGGAAGCUGCACUGAUGUUUCCUCCAAGCAGGGAUGGUGCAGGACAGAGCUGCUAGAACUGGUUUUGUAGGGGAGGGAACAAACUGGGACCAGUAGAAAACUGUCCCAAAGAAUUUUUAGUCCAGCUGGAGGAAUUUGUGUCCCUAACAUUGCCAGCCUGGAGCUGUGAGAGUGAACAGAUCACAGAUCAUCUGUGAGCACAGCAGAAAUAAAUAAAGACAUUCAGCAUCUUGCCAAAAGUGAGAGAAGAUCCUGAAAGAGUUUUUUGUUGGUUUAUAAAAAUAAAUUAUGAUAAUGACCAGAAAUAUUUGUAAUGAAGAUGUUUUUAUUGCCCACUUGGUGCUCGUGGACACUUUGUGAGUAGUUGUGUCUUUUUCAAGGAGAAUAACUGGAAUUUUUUUUCCCAGUAACUUCUUUUUCCAGAGGUUUUUUAGAAGCUUCUUGAAGGUUCAGGGUGGCUGAAGGAAAAAUUUGCUGCUAUUGCCUCACCAGGAUCCCUAAACUCCAGCAGGGAAUGUGGAACUGAACAGAGGGUGAAGAUUUCCUGGAAAAUGAGUAGCACAAUUUUCCUUGAGUUGAUGCUUCUGGAUAACCUGGGAAUUCUGAUUUUCCUGAGCUGCCUGUGAGACACUUUGGAGGGAUUCAGUUUUUCCAUCUGGCAUUGCUGAUCCUGCUUUUUUAUCAUGAUCUUUGUGUGGAUUUUUGGACUCUGGGGUUUUUUUUCCCCUUUUUGAAGCUGAAAAUCUUCAACACAUCCCAAAACUCCCUGGGGAUUUUGGGAUCAUUCUGGUGAAAAGACUAAAAGUAGGAGAAAUGGCACAUAAUUUCCAGAUUGGCAGCUUAGGACUGGACAUCCCUGAGCACUUUUAUCAUUUAUUGUGUCUCUGAGUGUGAAUUCAGGACUGGCAGGAUCAGUCUGGUAAGAUCCUGCUGCUGUGGGAAUAGAAUUUUCCAGCUCCAUGAGCUCUUGGAAGUCUCAUUGCAUUGGAUAAAAUCCUGAUUUUGCUAUCCAGCUGUGGGGGACAGAUCCAGAACCUCUGGCUGCUCUGUGAAAACCUCCUGGUGAAACAAAACUGGCCUGAGCUGUUUGAAAUCCUCCAAAUCCAAGGAAUCAAUCAAGGACUGGAUGUACUUUCCCACCAUCUCAUGGAUUUGUGUGGAUUUGGACUCUUGGUGUUGUUUGGAGCAGAGACAAAUUGUGCAGAGGCUGAGAGGUUUGAUUGUUUAAUUUAAUAAAAUGUAAAAUACACCA